GUUAUAAAUGAGGUGAGCUACUGAAAAGUACUGAAAACUGGAAUACGACACAACAUUAAAACCUUGGUUAUUAAUUCCAGCAAUGUGUAAAAAACAGAUAUUCAAGGUUAUCACAUUUUCUGUACUUUUGGUGGCACUCUAUGUACUUCUGCAGGAUACAAACUACCUUCGUUAUGUGAAUUCAUAUGUGGGAGACAACGAUGAACAAGAUAAAGAGCUUAAUCAAAUCUUUGAGGUCGAACCUUUUAAAAAUGUUGAUAAAUCUUCGCUAAACACGACACAAAAUCAAAAUAUCACUUUAACAAAACAUACCGAAGAGUCUAAUGGGCAUUCAACACUUCCAAAACCUAGUUCGAUCUCGACGAAUGAUACACAAAAUAUUGAAUUGAGCAAAACAUUUUUCAAAAGAGUGGCGUUUGUGAAAGUUCACAAAGCAGGAAGUUCAACCGCACAGAACAUUUUUCUACGCUACGGUGAAUCUCGCAACCUAACGUUUGUAAUGUCGAGAGUUCGAGACCAUCAAUAUGACAACGUUAUCAGUUUACAGUCAUCUUUGAAUAACGAUAACAUUCUUCCUCCUCCGACAAAUAGAACAUUUGAUAUUUUAUGCUGCCAUGUUUUGUAUAAUAAUGAAGCGUUUAAUAAGUAUAUGCCAAAUGACACAGCGUAUAUAGGUAUUGUUCGCGAACCAUUUGAUCAGUUCUUGUCAACUUUAAAUUAUUUUAGGCCUACUCAUAUAUUGAAAAACAUUAUAGCUGAAAACAAAGUUUUAAAGUAUCUCCAAUAUCCUACUCAUUAUGAACAUGGUUUACCAUAUUGGUGGUCAAUGACAAACAACAGAAUGGCUGUUGAAUUUGGUUUUCCUUCUAAUCUAUUUCGUCAAUAUUCAGCAGAAGAAAGCAUGGAGUACUUGAGGAAACUUGAUAAGGAAUUCCAGUUUGUGAUUAUAAUGGAAUAUUUCACUGAGUCUGUAGUUAUGAUGAGACGUUUAUUAGGCUGGACUAUAAAGGAUGUCUUGUAUUUAAGGAAAAAUACAGCACGAAAGUCAUAUCAAUUUGUUGACAAUACCAAUAGGUAUUUAUACGAAAGAUUUGCAAAGUUAGACUACGACUUGUACAAUUUCUUUUACAGACGCCUGUGGUCACAGAUUCAAAAGGAGGGUUUAGACUUUCAAUUUGAAUUGUUAUAUUUUGGUCGAUUACGUGAAGAAGUAGAGGAUUAUUGCAUUUUUAAGGCACAUCACAGCAAAGGUUAUUAUGUCGAAACCUCGAAGUGGUCUACGUCAUUUACAGUUACUCAAAAAGACUGUGAAUAUCUUAACAUGCAUGAGAUGUCGUUUGUUGAAAAAAUACGACACCGUCAAUAUAACUAUCUUGAAUAAGAUUCAUUAAUUUGUAGAUGUUAGAACAUAUCGGCUACAAAUAGGUUUAAUGCGCUCUAGAACAAUAUUGAUUCCUACAUGCAUGCAGAACGUUAAAAUAAGAAAAACAAACGACAAUCUGAAUUGCAUUAAUUUAAAUAAACAGUUAUUUUUUUUUGCUGAAUUAAAAUGAGUCUUAUGUGAGAAUUGCUAAUUUGCCUACCUUUUUAAAGUUAAGACCAUUUUAACAUU